AUUAAUUUGAAAUUGCCUCGCGGGCCAAAUAUAAUUACACUGCGGGCCAAAUUUGGCCCGCGGGCCAGAGUUUGACACCUAUGCUAUAAGGGAACAAGGUAUUAGCUAGCUGCAAGCUAAAUAGUAUUUUCCACAUACUGUGUUUUUUGGACUGUGAUCGUACAACGUGUACAACAAUCAAGGGCGGAUACGCGUCAUAUCAGAUUUGCUUUCUGGGAAAUGUAGUCCUUUCUGUCACUUCGCUACCCAUAUGUAGACCCCUUCUCCGAAGUAUACAAACUACAAGAAGACUGGUUAUCAUUAGAGUAGUCUAUUAGGUUUUCCUGUCAGACAGCAGGGAGUCAAGAUGUUGGCCAUCCUGCUUGUGCUGUCUCUAUACCUCUACAACCCGGUCUGCGGCGUUUUGCGGCAACUUUUUUGCACCAUAUCAGACAGCUGUGAUUGCGAUUUUAAACCGAAUAUCAGAGACCUGGAGUGGGACCUUUAUAAAAAUGUUUAUGGACAGCAUCUGGCCCAGGACAUAGUUUCAGAGGAGGUGGCAAGCUUCCUUCAGAAUAAAAGCCCUGAGCGGCCCCUGGUGCUGUCUUUCCAUGGCUCCUCUGGGACAGGAAAGACACUGGUCAGCUCCAUGCUGGGAAAUCAUCUGUAUGGCUCAGCGAUGAGCAGUCCAUACGUCCACCAGUUUGUUCCCACACUGCACUUCCCCCUACCUGACCGGGUCAAGGAGUAUAGGGAGGAGUUGAAGAGCUGGGUGCAAGGAAACCUCACGGAAUGCGCACGCUCUGUCUUCGUAUUUGAGGAGAUGGAGAGGAUGCCUCCAGGUCUCAUUGAUGUCUUGGAGCCCUUCCUGGGUCCUUCCCAUGUUGUGUUUCGCACCAACUACCGCAAGGCCAUCUAUGUCUUCAUUGGCACCACAGGAGAGGAGGUGAUUAACAAAAUGGCACUGGAGAACCGGCAAGCUGGACGGGACAGGGAGGACAUCGACUUAUCCGACUUGCAGGAAGCCAUUGCACGAACAGUGUACAACAGCAACACAAGUGGUUUCUUUCACUCCAGCAUCAUCCAGCAGAAACUGAUCACCCGCUUCGUUCCUUUCCUGCCGCUGAGUCAACACCACGUGAAACGCUGUGUCCACUCUCAGCUCUGCCUGCGGGGCUACUGUUCCCGCAAUGACGUGGUGGAGGCAGUAGGGGGCGACAUGAUCUACACUCCUGUCCAGGGACAGUACUUUUCCUCUACCGGCUGUAAGACAGUUUCCGCCAAAAUCAACCUCUUCCUGUGAAUCGAGAGGGCAGCUUUUUGCUGAUAUGUAAGAACUGAAAGGGAAACACUUUCUGAGAUGAUUCAGUGAAAACAAACCGAAAUCUGCAUCUGUCUUAGUCAGUUUCCCCCUCAUGCAGGUCACAGCAGCAUCCCUGGAGCAAGUAGGGAUUCAGAGUCGAGGAUGCAUCCUGCUUUUGGAAACAAACGGGCAAAUGAACUCGCAGCUUGCGUAGUAUAAAGCGGUUCUGUGCUGUCAUUUCUGAGUUUUUGUCUGAAGGCAGCGCUGCUGGAACAGCAUCAGUACACGUCCAGCUGUGAGCACAGGAGAGUUUACUCCCUGAGCAUCAUUCAGUGUCGAAACCAGGACUUCUGCCACACCCUACCUCAAACUCAUCUCUGCCUUUAAUUUAUGAAUUUUUAUGUCGGUACAAUGUGGUUUUAGGUUUAAAUUGCAGUUGUGGAGGUAGUGGAGCCCAUCAAUUAAGUGGAAAAGUCUAUUAAAUCGUAUUUAUUUAACACCACCUCGUUUCAGUUUCAAACAGUCAUAUAAUGGGAAACUUCCCAGUUUGCCCACAAGAGGAUCAUGCAUAUUUUUUGUUUUGAGGUUUAAUAAAUUGGAUCAGCAAGUCCCUGAAAGGGGUUAAAAUAGUUGAUUUUAAUGCAUCUGAAUGACUUUUUGUGGGAACAAAUUUUAUGAUCAGUGCAAAGAUUUCCUUCAUGCAGCAGUCAAAUAGGGUGUUGAAAUGUUGUUUUGUCUUAGAAUGUCUAAGAAUCUUUUGUGGGAUGGAAAGAGAACUCAUUCAACUUGUCUGAAAACAUAAAAACACUCAAAUGACCAAGACAUGGUUAUUAGGGUUUAAUUCCAUAUAAGACUGAAGAUGUGGAGUUUUAGAAUUUAGGACAUGUUUUAGCUCGUGCCACCACUGGUUUUGAACCAAAUCUAACCAGUACAAUUUAACAGUAUGUAAUAAUUAUAAUUAUCUACCAAUACAAGCUCUUAAAUAAGAACUCAGUUAUGAAACAUUAGCUUCCUCAUUAAAUGCAUCUUCAUGUUGUAACUUUUAGUUUUCUUCUAAAUAAUCAGCAUGACAGCAUCCAAUGUGUCAAACCACAUACAAUAUUUAUUGAAAAUGUUCAGUGCCUUAAAGUAAUGCUCUUUUAGAAGGCAGUAUUGAGAGUCAAGCCAGGGUCCUGUCUAAAGAGUGCCAUGUCCCUUUUUAAAACAUGGUAAAAGACAUGUGAACCAGAAGCUGGAAUUUACUUGAAAAAUAGUAUCCCUUUGUAUCCCUGCUGUCCAGCAGAGUUGGUGUGACCGUUUUGGAGCACAUCAUCAGUUCUGCCAACAGGUGGCAGUAAAUUCCUGUAAGAAAACUGAGUUCACUUGCAGCUCAGUGCAUCUUAAUUGUUCAUUUCAGUGAGUUGUGUAAGAAAUGACAUUAUAUUUUGCUUGUCUAAUGGAAAACAUUUUGCCGGUGUGUUUAAGCAUGCCGAAAGUGCACUUUAUUUUUAUAGUUGAUAAAAUGGACCUGAUGUAUUAUCUUUGUGAUGGUAUGUGAUGAGAAGUCAGUGUGCAUCUGCCAAAAUUACUACUAUUAAUGAUUGUAAACCAUUAAUUAUUUGUUGUAUUAAAUGAUGGCUGUAUGAACACCUGCAACAGCAAUUAAAAUGCACUGAAAAUCAA